GUGUCAGCACAAACACAGAACAACCCAAACAACGCAGAGAAGACAGACAGGAGCCAACAACCGAAAACCAUGGCUGACGGCAAACCAUCCGUGCUUGUACUGGGAGGAGCUGGCUUCAUUGGACGGCAUCUUGUGGUGUACUUGGUGGAGAAUGACUUGGCCUCGGAGAUCCGCGUGGCAGACAAGGCCAUUCUGCAAACAUCCUACUUGACACCACGACAGCAAGCGGCGUUUGACAAGGUCGAGUUUGUGCAGGCAAACCUGGCCAAGGACGCCUUUGUCGCCAAGGCCUUUGCACGCGAGGCGGGGCCCUUUGACUAUGUCUUCAACUGCGCAGCCAUGACCAAGUUUGGCCAAGACGAGCUCGUGUACCAGGAGAACGUCGUCGACUUGUCAUGCAAGUGCGCAAGAAAAGCAGCCGAGCUCGGCUGCAAGCGCUUCGUCGAACUCUCCACCGCCCAGGUCUACGCCGCAGAUAAGAAACCAUCUGAUGAGAGUGCCAAGCUCAAGCCAUGGACUGCCAUUGCGACCAUGAAGCUCAAGGUGGAGCAGGAACUCGCCUCCAUUCCAAACCUGGAUUAUGUCGUUGCCCGUCCAGCCAUCGUGUACGGAUCGUCGGACAGACUUGGCCUCAUGCCUCGCCUCAUUGUCGGCGCUGUCUACAAACACAUUGGGGAAACCAUGAAGCUGCUGUGGACAGAGAAGCUGCGCAUCAACACGGUGCACGUGGAGGACGUCGCUGCCGCCCUGUGGACCAUCGCCACAAAGGGCGCAAAGGGCGAGGUCUACAACAUUGCAGACAAGGCCGACACCACGCAAGGGUCGCUGAACGAGCAGCUGUCGCAGCUGUUUGGCAUCAAGACCGGGUUCUUUGGCAGCAUGCUCUCCAACGUUGCUCGCCUCAACAUGACGGCCGCUGUUGAGGAGUCCAACGAAAAGCACAUGCAGCCAUGGUCCGACAUGUGUCGCGAUGCCGGCAUCACAAACACCCCGCUCAGCCCCUACCUCGACAAGGAGCUGCUGUACAACAACAGCCUUGCUGUGGAUGGCUCGAAAGUCGAGUCGCUUGGCUUUGAGUACAAGUGGCAACAGCCCACGCUGGAGGAGCUGCGCAGGAUUGUGGAAGAGGCGGUGGAGCAGAAGCUCUUCCCGCCCGGCUUCCUCGUUUGAGUCCUCCAGCACGGCACUGCCAACCUAGGUUGUGUGUGUGUGUGUGUGUGUCUGUGUGUGUGUCUGUGUCUGUGACUGUGUCUGUUCACCGUGGCGCACGUUUCAUUCCGCGUUUCCUUCCACGCGUCGCACAUGCACCAUUUGUGCGGGUCGUUUUGGAUCUUGCCUGCGUUCUUGCCGUUCUGCGACCGUUCUGCCGUUGCCACGGGUCGUGCAGACAUCACACAUUGCCUUGUUGUCAGCCGUCUUCACCACACCGCACAAGCAAAUGCAAUUCAUAAUUGUGUUUUCUUUUGUCUUUUAUUCUCUGUUACAUUACAUUACACCUGAUACCAACG